AGGAACGAGCAGAGCACACCGCCCUUGGGCCGCUUCCUCCUGGAAGCAUUGGAGAUAGGGUCAUCCAGGAGACCUCUCAGGAUGGGUGUUAAGAGAGAGGAGUCACGGCUGUACAAACCCUCCUUUGCGAUAGCAUAGCUGUGCCAAUUAGGAUGUUCUUCUAUUCUUUACAUUUACGCCAUGCGUUUAUGUGACUCAGUAAAUGCUGAACGUUGUUACCUAGGUUAAAACUUCCCUGCUCUACAAAGCACGCUGGAUUUCAGUAGAGCUCAGGAGAAGCAAUCUGUUGAGUGAUGGCCAAACGUGAAGUUACUUCUGGCUAUUGGUGCGUUGUCCGUUAGCUGUGGGUGAGGGGAGUUUGUUCCCCUACACUUGCAGAGGUUCAUUUGGUUUGACUGCCCUGCAGCAUGCUGACCCCCUGCGCCUCACCUGCAGCACGCGUGCUCCUCUGCACGUGGGUGAAGAAAGUUGCAUGGGUUGCGUGGUGGCUGCUGGUGAACUGAGUUGCCACAAGGGCAGGCGUUGGUUUGAAUUUAUUUUCUGCACAUUUUAGAAAGUUCUUAUUCCACUGCUUUCCUCCUUGAGAAGUGAAGGCUGAACAAGCUGCGUGAUGUUCAUGUCCUGCAGCUCCCCAAGUGUGGGCAAACAGGCUGUGCAGCAGGUGAGUGCUCAGUGCCUGGGCUGCCUCUGUACAUCCCCAGAGGGAGCCAGGAGCAAACCUGGGAGGAUGCAAAGCAAAGAGGAAUGCAAACAGCACCGAAACCUUUGGAGGCACAGUGCUGUUAACAGUGGGGUUAUGUCCGUUGUCUCCAGCAUGGAUCUGUAUGUAAGCUCUUAUUUUCUGUAGACCUUAUUGCUCCAGCAAAGGAACAAGCAGAGCUGGAGUUACUUUCUGCAAUGAGAGAACGUUGCUGCACAGAUAUGUUGUAGGGAGGACAGGAAGAAAGAGACAGAAGUUGCUUAAGCUGAUGUUUGCCCUCAGAACAAACGGUUAUGAACUGGCUGCGAAGUGCAAGUAAGGUUUCCAGCUCCCCGAGGAGCCAGAUCUGCAAUGGCUUUUGCAAUAAGUGCUGGGGAGGCCUCCCCUUCAUUUCUGGUUUAAGUGGAUGUUGAGCCAUCUGGAGAGAUGGUUAUUUGACAUGGCACCUUGUGACAGGAGGGGAUGGGAGCGGUGACUUUGCACCUUGGUGUCUUUCAUGACUGAGGCUGGGAGAAAAGCCAUCGGUUUGCACCCAGGCCAGGUUCAGGUUGGAGAUAAUCCCGUGACGGCUGUUCAGGAGGCUGUGUGGGAUGAUUAUAGCACUUGGUCCGUUUCCCAGUUUGCCGGCAUCGUGUCACAGAAGCAGCUUUGUAUGGAUCCCGGUGCACAUUCUUGUUGGCCGGUGACUUUGGGUUAAACUUGAAUGUAAAUUCUUGGCUUCUCCUGGAGGUUUUCCUCUUGAUUCUGGCAAGGGGAGAAUGAAGGCACAUUCCCUCUGAUGUGCUCGGAGACCUCUAAUUUGUGCUUUCAGCCUGGCAUCCUUUAUGAAGUGCUCAGAAAGAGGAUGUAUCAUAGUCAAUAGAGUAACUCUGUGUUCUGCAGCAGCUUUCUCAGGAGAAGAAAUUAAGUUGCACUACUGUUCUUUUCCAGGGUUCCUCUCAGCCGCUGACAGAGUCAAUGAAAGCGGAGUCAUUUCAAUUCUGUGCUGCUCUCUGCUGUGUGCCUCGGGAAAGCCAAAUGCUGUGGCUGUGUGCUGUGUCCUGGAAAGCAGGCACGAACCCUUGGGCUUCUGGAGGGAGCGAUGUGAUUGGGGUGGCCCUAACGAAGAGCAUCCUUCCAUUUACCCAGAGGAAUGCGUGUGCUCGCCGUGCCACACACAGUGCUGGGCUGCUUCUGCUGGUGCUGAGAGCAUAAUCUGUCUGAGCUGGGUGGGACAGCUCUGUAGAAAUGCUGGCAGGCUGCUGUGCAGCCUGGAGCUGUGGGAGCUGCUGGGCAUGGGGAGAUGGCAAGAAAGGAUGGAUGCUCUUUGCAGCUUUGCAGACUUACUGCAUUCCAGCCACCCUGAAACCCAGCAGGCACCGUAUUCAUCCAGAAUAGGAAGCGUUCCCUGUGCUGAGCAGCUAACUGUCUCAAAAGCAAGAACAGAUUCAGGCAAAAUGCACAACCAGAGAUGUGCCAAGCAGUAGGCUUGGCAGCGUCGCUCCAUUAUCUUCUGUUGUUGGGCUGAGAUGUUGGCCUGGAGUGCUGACGCACGUAUGUAAUUUUCCCCUUCCUUAACUCCUUGCUCAUCUCUGGGUGCCUCUUCUUAGAUUUGAUCCGUCGUUAUCCUAAAUGAGCUGAACAUGGAGAAUUACUGCUGAGCAGUACCUGCUCCUUGCUCUGCAGAGCGCUGUGUGCUGUGUCUGCAUGGUUCUUCCAUGCUCCUUUUGAGAUGCAGGAUAAGAGCCUGACUCCAAGGAGCACAGCCAUUGGUGUUGCAAUGUGAGGCCACAUGGUAGGCUACAGCCACGCUGAAUUUCAGGCUCUCCCUACGUCCAAAAUGCAAAUAAAUAUAUUGGUGGAAAAAUCCCGAACCCACAGGUCUGCAUUUUAUGCCUUCUGGGACAAACUGGGCUAAUACAUUGAUAUUGUUCCUGCUCGUUAGUAAAUUCUGGUCUAAUGCUUUUGCUCUAGUGUUUGAAAUCAGGACUUUGCUUGUUAAAAUCUGGUGUCCCUGAGGCGUAAACACAGCCAUGCAGGUGGCCCUUUAGACAAGUGACUCAAUUUAAGGCUUCUGUAGCUUUCAAAGGUGCUGAGCACGUUGCCCAAAGGAGUGGGGCUCAGUACUUCUGCAUAUCUGGACCCUGGGCUUCUUUGCAUCUGUGUACAGCAUAGGGUUGGUGCUGCCCAAGAACUGUGUGUGAACUGAACUGGCUGGGGAAUGAUCUUUCCAAGACUGUGGGGUGCCCACUUUUGUGCUUGGCUUUGGAUUCUAACCCUCACAGAUAGUCUGUGUGAAACAGCAGACCUUGGAUUCUCUCUCAAUGUCAUAGAGCUGCUCCUCGCUUUACUGCAUUAUUCCUCCACAGCUGUCAGUCUUUGCUCCUCAAUUCUGCAGUGUUUUAGGACUGCUGGGACUGUUGAACCUCACACCUGGUGGUGAAGAGUGAACAUCUUUGUGUUCAUCCAGCAGGCAUGGCAAGAAAUCUCUGCACCCUCCAGGAAGGAUCACGUAGCAGUGAUUUCUCACCUGCCUUUGGAGAUCGGGAGCUGUUAGGGGUGGCGGUGACAGAAACAUUAUGUUCAGCUGGGAAAGAGUUACUGACUUGCAUGCAGUCCAGAAGUGGACAGAGAUCUACCAGAGCAUCCUUCAUCUCAGGAACAAUUUGGUUAAAAGGGAUCAUUCUCUCAGGUUUCUGUUGACGCUCGGCUGUUACCAGGGUUGUGUCCCUGUGGGUUUUCACUGGAAAACUGUCGGUGUAAUUGCUGCCCUUGACAAAGUGAAGUAGUUACCAAGAAAGGUGGUGGAGGUGACAUCCUCUGGGUGCUUUCACACAGAUUAGAUGAAACGGUGCGUUCAGUCAGUGAUGUUCUGUCAGCAUGAGCUUUCUUUAGCCACUGAGGCAGUGUGCCUACGUGUUUAUAACUCUGAUAAAGCUUUUGUUUUUAGCACGGUGGCUCAGAGCGUCGUUAUGGGGGAGAUGAGACCACAGUGUGAUCCCAAAAGCUGAAGUGAUGGAUUGAGCCCUCUUGCUUGGUGUGAUACAUAUGCUUAAAAAUCAAAAUCUGUGAGGUAGUUGGUUCUGUGUACUUUCUGUGUAUGGUUUUAGGUUUUUAAUGCUCCUACUCUUCCCUCUGAUAACUUGAGGCCUGACGUGUUAAUAUUUUUGUUUAUUUAUUUUUAAAUGGAAACAGAACUUCUGAUGAAAUCGUGUGAUUCAAGAAGUUGGAGGUUGAUGAACAAACGUUCGUUGCUAUGGAAAUGAGUGAACUUGUAACAUGUUAUGUCUCCUUUUGGACAGAAAAUCAGAGCUUUCAAGUGGAUUCCAGGCUGGCCUUUGGGAGCCCAAAUGCCCACUCCUGACAGUGUCCCCUGAUUCGUAGGAUGAGUGCAGCUUUUCCUCCUCGAGGAGAGGAGCUAUUGCAGAACCAGAGGCUAUUAAAACUGCCAAGGGAGGACCAACGGGAGGGAAGGUCGGGCUUUGCCUACGAGAGAGUUGGUGCUUCUGAGUGGUCAUUGUAGGUACUUGGGGAGCACACAGCCCUUCCUGUGCGAGACCGUAGGAUGGUCAGCCCUGUGCAGAGCCUUGAUCAUGCAAGGUCAUUCUCUCUAAACCAGAGUAGUUAAGAGCUCGACUGACUUUAUUUCUGGUUCCUUUCCAGGCUCAUGGUCUGCAGCGCCAUGCAGGAUCCCAGCCCUCACUCUGCGAGCCGGAGGUGAAUCCAUGGGAAGACCAGCUAUUGUGGUAGCUGUCAGGAUGACCAAAGCACGGCUCCUCCGUCUCUCUGUGGUGCUGGUCUCCAUCUUCAUGAUCCUCCUGAUCAUCGUCUACUGGGACAACGUGGGAACAGCUCACUUCUACCUGCACACGUCCUUUUCCAGGCCUCAUUCCCCAGAGGCCAUCCCCGGUAUCGCUGCAGGUGGGGACUGGGAAGCCUUGCCGGAGGUGGAUGAGUUUUUGGCCAAGCUGCUUAGUUCAAGCCUGAAACAGAACAGCUCUACUUCCCGAAAGACAGAGCAGCUGCUCGUCCAGGGCUCCAACAAACCUGUGGUGAGCAAUUUGGAGGAGAACAUACGGGGCUACGACUGGUCGACGCACAAUGCCAGAAACAGCUUGGACCAAGAGAAGCUGCAGAUAGAGAGGCAGAGAACGUUGCGGGAGUUUUGUGCCAAUUCCAGCUUUGCCUUCCCCACCAAAGAGCGCUCCUUUGAUGACAUCCCAAACUACGAGCUCAACCACCUGAUUGUGGAUGACCGCCACGGCAUCAUCUACUGCUACGUCCCCAAGGUAGCCUGCACCAACUGGAAACGGGUGAUGAUUGUGCUGAGUGAGAGCCUGCUGGACCAAGGGGUCCCAUACCGGAACCCCCUGGACAUCCCACGGGAGCACGUCCACAACACCAGCACCCACUUGACUUUCAACAAAUUCUGGCGUCGAUACGGGAAAUUCUCCCGGCAUCUCAUGAAGAUCAAACUGAAGAAGUACACGAAGUUCCUCUUUGUGAGGGACCCUUUUGUCCGCCUCAUCUCUGCCUUUCGCAGCAAAUUUGAGCUGGAGAACGAGGAGUUCUACCGGCGCUUUGCCGUCCCCAUGCUAAAGCUGUACUCCAACCACACCAACCUUCCCACCUCUGUUAGCGAGGCCUUCGGGGCGGGUCUCAAAGUCUCCUUUUCUGACUUCAUCCAGUACUUACUGGAUCCCAGGACAGAGAAGAUGGCCCCUUUCAAUGAGCACUGGCGGCAGGUGUACCGGCUGUGCCACCCGUGCCAGAUAGACUAUGAUUUCAUUGGGAAGCUGGAGACGCUGGAUGAGGAUGCUGCUUAUCUCUUGCAGCUUCUCAAAGUGGACAGGCUGCUCCGCUUCCCCCCCAGCUACCGGAACAGGACUGCCAGCAGCUGGGAGGAUGACUGGUUUGCUAAAAUCCCCCUGGCUUGGAGGCAGCAGCUCUACAAGCUUUAUGAGGCAGACUUUGUACUCUUUGGCUACCCCAAGCCAGAAAACUUGCUUAAAGACUAAAAGCAAUUGGGCUGCGGGUGGGGGAGGGAACGUCUGAAAUACCAAAAAUGUUUAAAGCCUCCUCGUUUUUUUUGCUCUUACCUCCCUUCUCCAUACAGGUUGGUACAAUGGAAUAUAUUUUUUCUACCGCUUCCCCUUCCGUUUUUGCAGUAAUGCCAAGUUCAGGAUAUUUCCAUCCAGCUGCGCAUAUGGAUAAAAUGCCAGUAUUUUUAUCAUUGUUUUCUGGGUUUCCUUUGUUUUUUUUUAAUGCCCCCAUGAUUUGCAGUGGGUCGCUGCCCAUGGUCACUCUGCCAGCUGUGUCCUUCAGUAGCUUUUUAUUAAUACUUUUUUUAAAAUUAAUAUAUUUAAGAUAUUUAAUACGAAGUGUGUGUUGUGGCAAAGGAAAGGAAGGAAUAAAAAGAAAAGAAGUGAAAGAAAAACGUAA